UCCUACACUCACCUUUUACCAACUCCUACCAACAGACAAAUUUCCAAAGUUGUGCAAAUAUGAGCGAUUCUCGCGAAAAUUCUGUGUACCUUGCUAAGUUAGCUGAGCAAGCUGAACGCUAUGAAGAAAUGGUUGAGAAUAUGAAAAAGGUUGCCAGCUUAGAUGAAAAGCUCACAGUUGAAGAACGCAACUUGCUGUCUGUCGCUUACAAAAACAUUAUUGGUGCUCGUAGAGCCUCUUGGCGUAUUAUUUCAUCUAUAGAGCAAAAGGAGGAGAGCAGGGGUAACUCCAAGCAAGUCAGCUUGAUUAAGGAAUACCGUAAUAAGAUUGAAGAAGAGCUCGCUGGAAUCUGCCAGGAUGUUCUUCAAGUGCUUGAAAAGCAUCUAAUCCCUGCUGCCGGUACUGGUGAAUCUAAGGUUUUCUAUUACAAAAUGAAGGGUGAUUACUAUCGUUACCUUGCCGAAUUUGCUGUUGGUGAUAUUUGCAAACAAGCCGCUGAUAGUUCUUUGGAUGCAUAUAAGGCUGCCUCUGACAUUGCCGUUGCUGAACUCCCUCCCACCGACCCUAUGCGUUUAGGUCUUGCUCUUAACUUUUCUGUUUUCUACUAUGAAAUCCUUGACUCUCCUGAUAGAGCAUGCCAUUUGGCCAAGCAAGCCUUCGAUGAAGCUAUCUCUGAACUUGAUAGCCUUUCGGAAGAAUCUUACAAGGAUUCCACUUUGAUUAUGCAACUUCUCCGUGACAAUUUGACUUUAUGGACCUCAGAUGCAGAAUACAAUAAGUCUUCCAAAGAAGAAAACCCUGCUCCUGUAUCUCCCGAAAACGAGUCCUCUGAACCAAAGCAGCAUGCCGCUGACUCUUCAAAUGCUUAAGAUAUGAACUGUUUCUUUAAUGUCAUGAGUGCGCAACUUUUUCUAUUAAAUGUUUAAAAAAAGUUCAAGCGCUGUUCUUACUAUGCAUAUAUGAGUUGAUACCGAUAUUUUUUACUAGUCUCGUAGACAUUUGUGUAGGUCUUUAUUGACAUGGCAACGUGCUAUUUCUUUCAUUUAUUCCUUUCUUAUGUCUAUCAUUGUAACAGCAGAGCCUAUUGCUUUCCAAACAUAUGGGAACAUAGUCUCCUCAUUUGCCAUAUAGAUUAAGGAUAAAUUAUAUUAUU